AUGUUGUUCAUGCAGAACUCCCCAUAUUUGACACGCCCACAUUUCGACGGGUCGGGGUCAGAGCUUGAAGCCUGCGCCGGACCCUCCUCGGAGAUCUCCAUCUCCACUCUGGCCGACAUCACCAACGCAACCGUGUCAGCCCAUCGCAAUAUCCCCCGAGCCAGCACCUCCAGCACCAGUACGAGCGGAAGCCCCGAUGACACCUCGUCAGGAUCGCCGGACUGGCCGGGCGACUCGGCCGAUCGCACGAUAAAUGACUAUGAUGCGCCAUAUUCGAGCUAUCGGCUCUCCUCCCGACCAGAUCCUGCAUCCGCGGCGACUCCGGGUAUGUCGGCCCCUUACGACUCAGAUCAACUCCCCAAGAUCGAAGAGCUGGACGAGAACGAAGACGACAUCCACCGGAUCAAGUCGUCAGAGGUGGGGGCGCAGGGGCAGAGUACAACGGCAGCGCCCGUCGCGGUUCCACGGAAGCGUGGACGGCCGCGCAAACAUCCGCUACCCACACCGGGCGGUCAAGCCAAGGUGACCAAGGGGCGAUCCAAGACAGGCUGCAUCACUUGCCGUCGGAGAAAGAAGAAGUGUGACGAAACCAAGCCGGCAUGCCUGAACUGCCAGAAGAACGCAGUCGUCUGCGAAGGCUAUCCUCCCAAGGAAAUCUGGAAGAGUGGACGACAAAGAAUGGCCGAUGCAGCCCGUUCUCAUUCCACGGCAAUUGUACCUCGUGGUCUCCCAUUACUCAUUGAUGGGAUCGAAACCGAGAUCGACCGUCGAUUCCUCGAUCAUUUCGUAUACGGAUUCAGUCGGGUUCUGACUCUGAUCAAUGACGACUCCAACCCUUUCAAAGAAAUCCUGCUGCCGAUGGCGACCCAACACAGAGGACUGAUGCACUCUCUGAUGUGCCUCUCAGGGUCACAUUUGUCCGGCAUAGAUCCAGAGCCGAAGCUCAAAGAGCGCAAAUACCACCACUUCCAUCGUGCGAUUCAAGAUCUCAAGGAAAACAUCACCGCCAAAUCAUCCCAGAGCUCAAUGGCUACAGAGAGUAGCACCAAAACAGGGAGCGAGACCAAGCAGGAUGAGCUUCUCGUGGAGGACCCGAUCAUCGCUUCCACAAUUGCGCUCAGUCUGAACACCAUCUGCGAAGGCGAAACGAGUGGCGAGUAUCGGCCCCAUAUGGAUGCGGCGCGGUAUUUGUUAACUUCCCAGCAACCGCGAAAUGAAAAGUUCCGCCAAUUUAUCGUGGAAUUCUUCCAAUACCACGACAUCUCCAACGCAUUGACCUCCUUAGAUCGUCGGCCUGCACUCUUGCAGAGUGAUUUGCGCUUACCCGACUUUGUGCCGGGGGCGCAGGCGGGAAAUUUUCUUGGCGUGUUUGAUGGGCUAUUCAAUUACAUCUCUCAGAUCACUCAGCUGCGAGAUCGGAUCCGCGAACGUCACAGUCAAGGCUACGAGCCUGCGGUGGACUAUCAGACCCUGAGCGAGGCUGUCCAGAUCGACACGGCCAUUCGCACAUGGAGGACCUCACAUGAGAAGGAAACGCCGAAUUGGUACUUGGCACAGCUGUACCGUCAAUCAACCUGGGUGUAUCUCUACCGAACCAUUCGACCUUCACGACCGAGCGACAAGAUCUCUCAGGUGGUGGAAGAUGGACUGGUCUAUUUGGAUCUGCUUCCCCAAGAUGCCAGUGCCUAUAGCAUUGUGCUGAUGCCUCUGUUCUUGCUCGGCUGCUCGGCUUUUGUGCCAGCGCAGCGUGAGCGGAUCACACGAGGGUUUGACACCCUGCGAUCUUAUUCCAACCUCCGCAACAUCGAGCCUGCUUUCAAGGUUGUCUCGAGAGUGUGGCAAGUGAUGGAUUCCCACAUUGAGGAGAGUUGGGAUUGGGAGAAGAUUAUCAAGGAUAUGGAUAUGGACUUUUUGAUCACUUGA